AUGUCUACUUCUGACAGAGUGAGACGUGCCAUCGAGGCUGAGGCCUUCCGUACUCGCCUAGAGUCAUUGCAAGCAUUGGAAGGUGCUUAUCCUGAGUACGAAGAGAUUGUUCACCACAACCUUGAACACAAAUACAACGUAGUGGUUGAACUCCGCCCUUACAGCGGAGGGUACAACAAGGCCAUCGAUAUCGUCAAACGCAAAGCAGAUGGCUACGCUAAGCCGAGGCGGUGGUUGAGAGAGGUGAAAGCCAUCCGUGCCAUGGAUCACCCGAAUGUCGAAAAAUAUCUUGAAGCAUCCAUCAGCCCGAGCAAGGGCGAAAUCUUCAUCGAGUUCUGCGAUCUCGGUACCUUGGCUUAUUUCAAACGGUGGAUGGUAUCUUCUGGCACCCCUAUCCCUGAAUCGUUCCUUUGGCAUGUCUUUAGACAAUUGAUACGUGCACUCAGCUACAUGCACACUGGACUUCGCAACGACAGGGAGAUUGUCAACGAGAACGUGCCAGAUAAGAAUGGGUGGAACGCAAUCUUGCAUCGUGAUAUCAAGCUCGACAACAUCUUCAUCAAAUCCCCAGACGUCGCUGGAGAAUAUCCCAUCAUCAAAUUAGGCGACUUCGGAAUGAGCGUCUCCAAGAAAGAUCUGAAGCUUCCCUAUGCUACCUCCGGCACCGAAGGAUGGAUGGCUCCCGAAUUCCCGAACUGUAGCCCACGCAGUGAUGUCUUUUCUGCCACCACUGUGAUUCAAUGCUUGUCUAUGGUUUCCUGGUCCGGAGCAAAUCCCAUGGGUGGUGUCGACGAAGCAUACAGCGAAGACUUGCACGGCUGCGUGUUAGCCGGAAUGACAACGACCAAAGCUGACCGCCCUCGCAUCCGCGAGCUGGCCCGUCUUGUCUACCCUGUCCCGGUUCCCCCACUCCAAGCCCUCCCCGACGAUGCGUUCGUUCGUCUCCUGCCGCCCAGAGAAGAACGGGCGAUCACCCCUUCUCAGCUCCUCCGCCCCUAUCGUUAG